AUGUUCAGGUCAAUGAAGCGAGCUGCAAGCAGGAGUCCCGUUGUCUCCAACCAGGCGCUCUCGUGGCAGCCCCCGGCAUCGGCUGCCAGCAAGAAGAAGGGCAAGAGGUCUUCCACGCUUGAUUGCGCCAAGAGCGCUGGACGGACCUACACUGGCGUGUUUGCCAUCGAGGAAGGAGUCAACUUGGACGCCCUGGUCGCCUUGGCAAGCCUGAGAGCUGCGGACACCGUACCGCUCGUCUACCGCGAGGGCGAGGCCGAUGAGUAUCGUGGCAACACCUUGCGACGGGAGCUGUAUUGGCUCAUGCGACGGCUCAACUCCCACAGCAAGAUGCAGACCUACUGGCACGACACUUGUCUGGGAUCCUUGGCAGGUGUACAGGGCCGACGGCUGCCCGGGUUGAGCCACACCUCAGGAGUUCCCGAGGCCUUGGCAAACAAGAUCGAGGACUUGGAGGGCCAAGUAGGCUCUUGCACUUGGGAUGCGACAAAGGGGCUUUUCACCUUCCCCAAGUGGCUUCGCAACGUGCUACGCACCCCGAUGCGGUCUGCCUGCGUGAACAAUCGAGCCGAGUGCGAAGGCUUCACUGGAGACCGGGACCUGGCAAAGAAGCUUUUCCGGGGUCUCAUGAACGGCGGCGGUGCGAACCAUGUCAUGAGUAUCAUGGGCAAGGCUGGCAAGACCGCGGACCAGGUUCCUGCCUUCGUGUGGGAUUUCGCUAAGGAGCAGACCGUGUUGAUGCAGAAGGAUGCUGAUGCACAUCCUCAGCUGGCCCAAGUCUUCCGAGCGAACGGCUACCACUGGCCUGCUGCUGCCGUCCAAUCUCUUCUCAAUGAGAGGCACGAGAGGGCGGUUUUGAACCUCGUGGAGAAUGUGGCGCGUCAAUACGGCGAGGUGCAGAGCUACGAGCACGACGGGCUCUACUGUGUGGUCCACGAGCACCUCAGGGAGACGAUGAUGAACGAGAUGAGGCAGAUUGCCUCGGUGUCGACUCAGGCGCCAGCAUCCCUGGACGAAACGUUGCAGUACCUUCAGACCAAGUUCCCUGAGCACGACUGGAGCGUCAGGGAUGAAGGUUGGGAGGAGUUGGAGGACGCAAGGAUUGAGGUACGGCAGCGCUGCUUGAAAGGGGAGACCAACUUCCCGAAGCUGAUUGCAGAUGUCGUGCCGCACCACGUCACCAGCACUGGUUAUCAGGUGCGCGAACUGAUGAAGGCGAUCCCGGUGACAGCUGAUUGCAUGACCCUCAUGACGUACGACAACGGCUGCUGGCGUGACCUCGGCGCUGUGGCCGCCGCCACCCUGGAGGAUGUCAUCCGAGAUGUUCUGAAGAAGUGCAUCGGCAAGAGGCCUGACCAGGGCUGGCCCCGAGUGGUCCACUGCGCCCAUCCUCAGGUGGCAACCAUGCUCAACAAGAGCAAGGGUGGGUUGUUCGACAUGCGGUGGCACAUGGAUCUGGAUGGGGACGGGACCAGAGGAUACUUUGUCUACGAUGGGGGGGAGUACCAGGGCUGCUCGGACUACCAGCUGAAGAAGAUGCACCCUGGCAUCCCCGUAAGUCGCACAGCAGAGCGGUCGUACCCGCACAAGGAGGUGGCGGCUAUCUGGAGCAAACUGGAGGAGGAGCAUCUGGACUUGGAGGAUGUGGUGACCCGCGUGCUCACGCAAGAGCAGUUUGCGGCGGUGCAGGUCUCGGAACCAACCUCGUGCAAGGCUUUGCCGGCGGGGUUCCGCUACAGCAGGGACCUGGAGGAGGACCUCGCUCGACUGCAGAGGAUCUUGCCUGGCGUGGAGCUCUUGCACUCCUGCCACGAGGACUACGCUGACACCAUGUUCCUGCUGAAGGUUCUUUCGAGAGUGAAGGGAAGUCGUCAGAACUUCGUGGAGUGCUUCUUCCAUCUGGGGCACGGCCAGAACGGCAAGGGCACCUUGAACUUGGUGCUGCGCUGCUUCUGCGGUGACUACCAUUACGAGCCCAAGCCAGAGACCUUCACUAGCUUUGGAGACCCCACUGGCUGCUCCCUGAACAUCUUGCAGCUCAAGGGUAGACGAUCUCUCUUCGUGAACGAGGUCGAGGCAGGCGUCAAGCUCCGCUCCGGGAUGCUGAAGGAUCUGCGGGAUCAGACUGCAUUCAUCGAGGCCAGGGGCCUCUACCGGGACCCGAUCCAGUUCAAGCCGCAGUUCAUUAUGAACAUGAGUGCGAACGAGUCAUUCGAGUUCCGGACCAUCGAUGGAGGGAUGCGCCGAUCCUUCACAAGCGUCCCAUGGCCGCUGAAGUUCAUCAUGAACCCAAGGUCGGGCACGAACGAGCGCCCGUCGCGGGACAUCAAGAAUACCAACUUCAUGAUGAACUCUGUCGUGCCUUCGUUGGAGGUUAUCUUCCCCGUCAUUGACAGGAUCGUUUUCCGCGGCUACAACGGCACACUGAUUGAGCCCCGGCCCCACUCCAUCGUCACAGCCACCUUGGCUCUCUUCGAGUGCAUGCAAGAGCUGGACAUGAAAGCCUUCUUGGAGGAGCACUUGCUUCAAGUCGAGAGCGCAAACAUGGCCGCGCCACAGGGCUCUAUCCGGUCCUGGAUUCGGCAACAGGAGAGCGUCCGAGACAUGCGACUCUCGCCGAAGGCUCUGGAGCGGAUGCUGGACAAGAUCUUGACGCCCAAGGUGGUGGGGGGAAGACGGAUUUUUUCCCUUGCAGGCCGAGAUGGCGUGUAUGUCCAGGUGCCUUGA